AUGUCCUCUUCGUGUUUGAAUCAAGUAGCGCUCUCCAACCCCGAAGCCCACAUCAUCGUAGUCGGCACCGGCCUGGCCGGCCUCUCCGCCGCAACCCAACUCACAACACACAGCAUCCCCGUAAUCCUGCUCGACCGCGCGGAUCGACCUGGAGGAAACAGCAUCAAGGCCUCGUCCGGAAUAAACGGGGCUCCGACGAGGUUUCAGCCCGUUCCAGAUGAGGAAUUCUACAAUGACACCGUCCGGUCAGCCGGGAAGCCGCUUUCGACAGCCGGCGCAGAGGACCGGGAACGCCGUGAAAGAUUGAUUUCGACUGUUACUAGGAGCUCUAAAGAUGCAGUGCAUUGGCUUUCUGAUGAGAUGGGGGUGGACCUUAGUAAAGUUGCGCAGCUGGGUGGGCAUUCAAGGCCUAGGACUCAUCGCGGAGCUGGAGGGAAGCCACCUGGUGCUUCAAUUGUCGGGACUCUAUUGGAGGGGUUAAAGAGCAAUCCAUUUGCUGAGAUCCGAACGAACUCGCGUGUGACGAAGGUGCUGAAGGAGGCGGAGGAGGUUGUUGGUGUUGAGUAUGUUGCUGACGGAGAAGCCCGAACGCUCCGUGGACCGGUUGUCUUUGCCAGCGGAGGAUUUGCUGGUGAUGUCCGUGGGAUGGUAUCCAAAUAUAGACCGGAUCUUGCAGGACUGCCCUCGACGAACGACGCGCGAGAAGGGUCACAGCCGUUGCUGGUUGAUGUUGGUGCGAGGUUGAUUGAUAUGGAGCAGAUCCAGGUCCAUCCCACGGGAUUUUUGGACGAAAAGGACCAGUCUGCGACAGUUAAAUUCCUUGCUGCAGAGGCACUACGAGGUGAGGGCGGGAUACUGCUGUUGAAUAACGGAAAGCGGUUCGUCAAUGAGCUGCAGACAAGAGAGGUUGUUACGGAUGCAAUCACCCAAUCUGCUUCACUCUUAGAGACAGACAUUCGACAAUGGGACGUUACCCUGUUACUCGACGAAGGUGCGGCGUCUGCGCUGGACUCUCAUAUGCAGUUCUAUCUCUGGAAGGGCUUAAUGCGCAAGACAACGAUGGGCGAGCUAGGACAGGAAGUUGUCAACACUGUACAAGCAUACGCCGACGUCGUCUCUGGCAAGAAGGAAGACCCAUACGGCCGGACAUCCUUUGGCAACUGGACACUCAGUGAUGUCAAAGCCGAGUCUGUUGCGUAUGUGGGCAAGGUGACGCCGGUGCUGCACUUUACUAUGGGCGGAGUCCUGUUCAACGCCGAGGCUCAAGUCCUGGACGAGCAGGGCGAGCCAAUACGUGGUCUAUGGGCUGCAGGCGAAGUGACUGGCGGACUGCAUGGCCAGAACCGUCUCGGAGGGUCAUCACUCCUUGAAUGUGCAGUCUUUGGCAGGAUUGCCGGCAACGGGGCAGCGGCCUUCUACCAGCAGCAUUAUAUACGGUGA